GUGUGGAGUGCGAAAGGAAAAAGGGAAGAGUUUACCGUUCAAAAUGGUUCUCCCAAAUUUGGGUCGAGGCCUAUAAAUAUAUCUCAAAGAGCCUCGCGAGCUCUUCACAUUACCAUUCCCUCCCUUUUUGUACCUCAACAAAUCACCAUUCUUCUAUCUUUGAUCUCAUGCAAUUUCAUCUGGUUUGCGCUGCUCAAUUUUGCACCGACAGAUUUAUUGUUUCUCGUUUAAAGAUUUGAUUAUUAUUUUUUUGAUACUUGUGGGUUUUUGUUUAACUUGUGUUGAUCUCUUUCAAUUUCAAUGGUGGAGUGUUGCUGGAAAAUUUCUACUGUUUUAGGAUAGUAUCGAGGCUUGGGAAUAGUUUAGGCUGGUACUUGGGAAUGUAUGUGGGAAGGAAUAAAUUAAUGAUAAAGCGGGGCGGGUGCAUGUAAAUACCUGGGUUCUGGCUUUUUUGCUUUUUAUUGUCAUCUAUUAUGAAGAUUGAUGUUUUAUACUUUAGAUUAAAAGUGUUGCUUCAAGCUUUGUAAUGUACAUUUUCUGGAGACAUGAAGAUUCUGUUUUUGACUCUAGCAGUUAUAAUAUCUGAAGCUUAUUAAUGUGAACAUGUUCAUUUUUCUUAUGUGAUCUGAAGCUGGAAUAUAUUAAGUGAAGAUUCCAGCAUCUGAUCUCUGAAAGUACAAUUUUGUAAGACCAAAUUACCAGAAAUCCAUGGGGACUGUUGUCGAGUCUGCUAACCAGGGAGCAGUAAGCCUGCCAACCAACAAGAAGGUCACUGUUAUUUUUGUUCUAGGUGGCCCAGGCAGUGGUAAGGGCACCCAAUGUACUAAUAUUGUUGAACACUUUGGGUACACCCAUCUAAGUGCUGGUGAUCUUCUCCGAGCAGAAAUAAAAUCUGGUUCCGAGAAUGGGACGAUGAUUUCGAACAUGAUUAAAGAAGGGAAAAUUGUUCCAUCAGAGGUAACAAUUAAGCUUCUCCAACGAGCAAUUCAGGAAAAUGGCAAUGACAAAUUUCUUAUUGAUGGUUUCCCCCGGAAUGAGGAGAACCGUGCUGCUUUUGAGUUGGUCACUGGAAUUGAGCCUGAGUUUGUGCUCUUCUUUGAUUGUCCUGAAGCAGAGAUGGAGAAACGCCUUUUAGGUCGGAACCAGGGAAGAGAAGAUGAUAAUAUUGAAACAAUAAGGAAGCGAUUCAACGUUUACAUGGAAUCUAGUCUACCUGUUAUUGAAUAUUACAACUCCAAGGGGAAGGUUCGAAAGAUUGAUGCUGUAAAGCCCGUUGGAGAAGUAUUUGAAGCCGUUAAAGCUGUUUUUACCCCAGCUAAUGAGAAGGUUGCGGCCUGAGAAUUCAUUAGUAGAGAGGCAUCAGGAUUAAUUGUUAUGGUAUAUCAGUAUUGUUUGAAUAUUGGUGCUUGCUAUGUGUCUUCAGCAAAACGAUGUAUCUUUAUAGAUUCUACUUUUUUUAUACGAGUUUAUGCAAAAUUUUCUCUUUGUUUUUCCCCUCUAUUUUUUUGUUUCUUUUGAAGGAAACACAAUGUUGUAUUAUUGGCUUAUUGUCUCUGUAUUGUUAUCAUUAUCGAUUCUGAUAUCUGAUAAAUAAUAUUACAAGAGUUUCUCCCUU